UAUCACUAGCUGCAGAUAGGAGCCCAUGAGGCUCAAUAAAAGUGCUGGGCUAGCAUAAAACUCCCUCUUGCUGCUGCCUAGGACUGCCAUGGUCUCUGCACGCUUCCUGGCAAAGGCUGGGACUCUGCUCCAUGUCCGCAGCCGCUUGGUCCGGGAGUGCCUGGCUGAGUCGCUUGCUGUCUUUGUGCAGAUGCUGAUAACCCUGGGCGCCGCGGCACAGACCAUCACCAGCCAGGGCGCGAAGGGUGGGUAUGUCUCCUCCUGCCUGGCCGGGGCCGUGGCCGUCAUGGUGGCCAUCUACAUUGCUGGCGGAGUCUCAGGUGCCCACCUGAACCCUGCCUUCUCAUUGGCCAUGUGUGUGCUGGCCCGGUGCCCCUGGUGGAAGCUGCCCAUCUUCACUGUCGUGCAGACCCUAGCAGCCUUCCUGGGUGCCGGUGCUGUCUAUGCCCUCUAUUAUGAUGCCAUCCAACACUACAGUAAUGGGACCCUUGCAGUCACGGGUCCCUGGGAAACUGCCUCCAUCUUUGCCACCUACCCCGCACCCUACCUGUCCCUCCAGAGUGGCUUCCUGGACCAGGUGAUGGGCACAGCACUGCUGCUGGUGGGCAUCCUGGCCAUCGUGGACACCCAGAACAAGGGCAUCCCAAAGGGGCUGGAGCCGGUGGCCGUGGCCAUGCUGGUGCUGGCCCUCAGUCUCUCUGUAGGCUCCAACUGCAGCUGCGCUAUCAACCCUGCCCGUGACUUUGGGCCACGGCUUUUCACCUAUGUGGCAGGCUGGGGCCCCCAGGUCUUCAGGUGGGUGACAAGGGCUGGCCAUGGCUGGUGGUGGGUGCCGGUAGUGGCUCCCCUGGUAGGGGCCGUGGUGGGCUCCAUGCUCUACCAGGUGCUGGUGGCAUUUCACCACUCGCCUGCCCCAGGAAGCGCCCAUGAACUGGAGGUGGAGAAGCAGAAGGAGAUCCCCAUCUUCAUCAUCAGCCCUCAGGCUGAAGAGCAGCUCAAGAAGGCCACAGUCCUGGAGGAACCCUGGCCGGUGACUUCUCUGCCUGGGCCCAGUACAGACAGAGAGGGGUCCUCUCCCCGCCACGCUAUGUGA